AGGCGCCUGCUGCGGCCACUUUCUGCCCUUCCGGCGCGUGGCGGUGGUUUUGCGGACCCGGGAGAUGCAGGGCGACGACCAGGAUGGUGACUCGGUGGUUGUCUACGGCCCUCACUACCGUGGCUGCGAGUAUCGGCGGUUGCUGCUGGCACGGUCCAUAGAGGCGGACCUGCCCGCAGAUGGGCAAGCGGCAACCAGGAGCCUCGCCGCCUUCUUGGCCCUUCUGGGCCUGGAGACCGCCUUCGCCUCUGCGGAGUGCGCCGGGACGCGAUGGCGCACGUGGUACCACAGCGCGGCGACAUCCGCGGCCUCGCCCCUGCAGCUGGCGCGGAUGGAGGCCCAGCGGCAGGCGGCUGCUGCUUGGUGCUCCGGUUCUACUCUGAGCUUUCAGGGUGAAGAGCGGUCGCUUCCGUGGCUGAUCAACUUCGCAGUGGACUGCGAUGACGCUGAGCUGCUGCAGGCCCUCCUGCACUUCUUCCUGAGCUUCUACGGCUGCGCCGCGGAGCUUCGCAGCCCCUUGCUCCCGCCGGUUCAGUGGCCGGAGGAGGAAAGCGGCGUGGUGCGGCUUUGGCACUAUUCCGCCCUUCGCAAGGAUUGGCGCCUGCGAGAGGGCAGCGUCUUCCGCCUGGGCGGCUUUGCGGACGGCUCACACCGAAGGUCUGCGGCAGAAGCUGAGGUGGAGUGGUGCUUUGAGAUCCCAGGUGGGAAACAAGUGCCCUUGCUCUACUUGGACCCCGAGCUCACCGGCGACGGAGUCCCGCGCUUCGUGUUGCAGCCCUACACGCUGGUGGUGGUGCGGCAGCUGGAGCUAGGCUCAGAAGGACCUCGCACCGUCUGGCUCGGCUUUCCAGGAGAGCUCGGGCAGACGUGGGAGGCCCCCAUCGGCCCGUAGCUAUGAUGCUCGCGCGCACGGGUAGGUGCUUGUUAGGUGACCAUGCAAAACACAUGUUCGUAUUCUGGAACACGCCGCAAUUGCCUUCCUUUAGAAGAGACACGUG